AGAAUAGUGAGAUAUAUCAUGACAAAAUCCUUGAUAAUAAAACUAAUGAAGCUAAUGAAAAUAAUCCUGAUAUGGAUUCUGGUGAUUCUGGUGAAAAUGAGGAGGAUUUUGAGGAUAAAGAAAAUGAUGAUGCAACGAUUGAAGAAAAUGAAGAUGUUCUUCUUUUUACAAUAGAUUAA